AUGGAGAAUGUUCACACAGUGCCCAUGCUCGAUCUGGGUUCACCAAUUGCUGAUCUAUGCUCUACCCUUGAUCAGGUCGACGCAACGAGUCCGACGAACUUGGAUUCUAUUGGAUACAUCAGCAGCGAGCAGGCCAAACUCGGAUGCCAGUACGGCAUAAGCCUAGUGCGUAGCAUUCAGCAUGAGAUGCAUGUUCAUUCUUUACAAGAGACACUGAUUGGAUCACCUUCUUCGCCGGGUUCUCCGAUUCAAAGAACCAAUGAACUGAGUCGUCGCGACAGGCUCCAUCUUGCCACCCUUCUCGCGUUCAGUGUCUUCCAACUCCACGGAACAUGGCUCCAGCAGAAAUGGGGAACAUCUGAUGUUCUUUUUGUCCGCCCCACGCAAUCCGGCUUUCCUCAAUUUGAACGUCCAUAUCUAGUACAAAGAGUUCGGGGAUCAUCUGAGACGGGCCUCAACGGGUUGUCGCCCGAUGUAGACUCGGACUCGAGACGGCGCCAGAUCAGUAAUCACAUUCUCUUCCCGUUGGCACUUGCGCUAAUUGAACUAUCGCUGGGAAGAGCUAUCUGUACCUUGGUUCGGCCUGGAGAUGCAGAUGCCUCCGAGGAGAGCUCUCAGUUCAACACAGCAGCAAGAUUGCUGCGCGAUGUGUACUGUGAGAGCGGCUCGAGCUACGGUGACGUCGUCAAGGACUGUUUGUACUGGUCCCAAAGUCAAGGCGAUGGCUUUGAGAACCCCCACUUUGAUGAGUCCGUAUUCGAUAAUAUUGUCUCACCUCUCCUGAAAGACUUUGACUAUUUCGACGGCAUCUCCGCUAGGGCAUACUAG